AUCUGGUAACCUUAUCGGACAAAGCAUUAGAAGAAGUAAUCACAAUAGUCUGAAAUUAAAGGCAUAGUAGUAAGUAGCAUAUCCAUUCUCUCAAACUGGCUGUGGAUGGAGAAUGAAUAUAUAUCUUGGUCUGAGUGGAACUCCUACUUACAAUCCAAACCAUAGACUUAUACAUAUAAAGGAGUAUCAAUGUCCAUCUCCAAGUAAAAGUUCGAGGAAAGGAGGAGAAGAGAAAAGCAGGGAGAGCGAAAGAAGACAGAAGAUCGAUCAUGAGAGGGAAUGAUAGGGAGGAUAUUACCUAAGUCCUAACCAUGGUUGGUGGGUUAGAGGAGAAGAACCCAAAGGAACCAAAAUAUACCUUGGGUUACAUGCAAAAUGCUUUGAGAGCUCCACAUCCAUUAAUGGAGUUCUUUGAUGAUGAAAUGUUAAGAAAAAGGAAACUAAAUG